CGUGUGAUACGGAAUUCGAUGGCAGGUCAUACCUAUGCAACGAAAUGGUACCCUAUAUACGAGCACAUGAUCGCUACUUUCGAGCUCACACAGUCGACAGUAUGUAUGCGCUUCAAUUGUACGUAGCCGCAAGGCUUUUGGGAUUUUGUACGGCCGGUAUAGAUGGGAGUCUCCUCAACGCGCUGUACGAGAGAUUCAAAGGAGAAUCGAAGCUACCCUCUCAUUUCACUCCGGAUAUGUAUCCGGAAUUGAGUUCGCGGCUAUAUCAAGGAGAUAUUAUGCUUCCCAUUUCCAGAAAUGCUAUACUGUCAGACUAUUAUAAAUGGCCGAAAGCAACUGUUCCGUAUAUAAUUCAUUAUAACUUUACGAUGGACGAACGGUCACGGAUCCGGAUGGCUAUGGACGCGAUUGAGUCCAAGACUUGUUUGAGGUUCGUCGACAAGAACGACGGCUCGUCCGCCAGGGCCCUGCAGGAUCUCGGACACGCCGAGCACCUGUAUAUAGUGCGCGAGCACAACAAGGGAUGCUAUGCCAUGAUAGGUUACCACCGGGACAUGGGGUCGCCGCACAUGAUGAAUCUGGAAGCGCCCUCGUGCAUCGCCUACCAGGGCACUGUGCAGCACGAGUUGCUUCACGUUGUGGGGCUGCUGCACGAACAGGCGCGAAACGACCGCGACAAAGCGGUGACGAUCUAUUGGGAGAACAUCGACAAGGCGUACUGGCCAGAUUUUAACAAGGUGCCCGACAACGUUACAUCUUCGUUCGGACUGCCUUACGACUACACCAGUGUGAUGCAUUACCCGCGUUUCGCGUUUUCGAAAAAUGGCAAAGAAACCAUCGUGGCAAAGUAUGACUCAAGUAUGGCAUUGGGACAAAGAAAUGGAGCUACGGUUAAUGACUUGCGAAAAGUUAACGCUAUGUACAAUUGUAACGGAGCCAGUACAACACCGAACAUCAAUACUAAUGUUAAUUCAGGUGAAUACCAAGGUAAUUCAUUUAAUAUAUUUUAGUUUAGAAACAAAUGACAUACAUAUUAUACUUACAUUUAUUCGAGCGAUUAAGUUAGAUGAUAAGUUUUUAAUAUUGUGCUUAUAUAACGAUUAUAAUUUAAAUAUUCGUACAUAAUCUUUGUGUAUAAGGAACAUAGAUAACCUAUUGAUUAUGACUAAAUAAUUUAUUUUUAAAAAGUGAUCCUU